AUGCCACCAGAAAGAUUCAUUGGGAAGCCCAUGACAUUCUUCAGAUCAAGUCUACCGCCAAAACAAUCGGCUCAGCAAUAUCAAUUCCUCAAUGGAAUGGAAGAAGAAACUCCAACUAGCUAUACAAGCAUGGAGAUGGACGGUAAUACUUAUGAGAAGGAAGUUGACAAUACAAUCAAUGUGGUAGAAAAAUUAGAAGAGCCAAAAUUUGGAAUGAUGAUUAUUACAGUUGACAAAAUAAUUGAGUACUACAUAAGAUAUGGUAAUGACCUAGGUUUUCCCAUAAAAAGAAGAACAUCAUCAAAGAGAGAUGAUGGAGAGCUAAGAUAUAUGUCAUUUGCAAGUUUUGGCUAG